CCUCGGGUCGCGCGCGGCGGAGCGGGGCAGCGAGUGGAAAGCCGAGAACGCGGGAAACAUGAAGAGGCAGGGGCUCUCGGGCGAGCGGAAGCCGGCGCGCCUUUCGUCGGGGAAGGCCGGAGCAGCAAAUGGAUUUCUCAUGGAAGUGUGUGUUGACUCAGUGGAGUCAGCUGUGAAUGCAGAAAGAGGCGGUGCUGGUCGGAUUGAAUUGUGUUCUGGUCUAUUAGAAGGAGGGACCACACCCAGCAUGGGUCUCCUUCAGAUAGUGAAGCAGAGUGUCCAGAUCCCAGUGUUUGUGAUGAUUCGGCCACGUGGAGGUGAUUUUUUAUAUUCAGAUCGUGAAGUUGAAGUGAUGAAGGCUGACAUUCAGCUUGCCAAGCUUUAUGGUGCUGAUGGCUUGGUAUUUGGGGCAUUGACUGAAGAUGGACAAAUUGACAAAGAGCUGUGCAUGUGCCUUAUUGCUCUUUGUCGUCCUUUGCCAGUCACUUUCCACCGAGCCUUUGACAUGGUUCGUGAUCCAAUGGAAGCUCUACAGACCCUCUUAACCUUGGGAUUUGAACGAGUAUUGACCAGUGGAUGUGACAGUUCAGCAUUAGAAGGGCUGCCCCUAAUAAAGCGACUCACAGAUGAGGCAAAAGGCAGAAUUGUGGUAAUGCCAGGGGGUGGCAUAACAGAAAGAAACCUACAAAGGAUCCUUGAGGGUUCAGGUGCCACAGAGUUUCACUGUUCUGCUCGAUCUGCUAGAGACUCUGGGAUGAAGUUUCGAAAUUCCUCUGUUGCUAUGGGAGCCUCACUUUCCAGCUCAGAAUAUUCUGUAAAGGUAACAGAUGUGACCAAAGUAAGGACUUUGAAUGCUAUUGCACAGAACAGCCUGGUGUAGCCGGAUUUCUUUCAGACACCUGGAGGUCACUGCAGAGAGGUGCAAGUGUAAUCUGCAGUUCUUUAGGAGACAGCUUUCACUUGCACCUCUUCCCGUGGCCCUGGAGAAUGUUCCAAGAAGAAGAAUACCUUGAAGCACAGAUGCAGUGACUUCCCCUAAUCUUGCCAGCCUUUGCUGUCAUCCUGGUUAAAUUGGUCUGUGCUUCCUCCACAGACACCUACUCUGAGAUGAACAGGGAAAGUUCAUCUACAAGGUAUGAAUUUAGAAUGUGACUUUAGGGUCAAUAAAAUUAGCAGUAGUAUUCUUUUUAACUUGUAAAAUAAAGUUUUCCAUUCAA